AUGUCUCCAUCAACCUUCGAUCGUUACAAUAAUGACACCAUUAAACCCAACUUGCAACGAAUUCUUUCAAUCCGCAUUCCAAACUAUUUUUUGUAUCAUAAUCAAACAUUUCCAUUCACACAAGCCACGUUCCUUCGGUCACUUAUCAUCGAACAUAUCGAGUCCAAGUACUUGGAACAUCUUCUCAACCAACUAAUUCCAUUAUCUCAUUUAUCUUCAUUGAGUAUUGCAACUAUUGAUGCAGUUAAAGAUCUCGCUCCUAUUUAUCAACAAACCUUUCGUUUACCUUCAUUGCGUUAUUGCAAAUUAUCACUGAAACACGUCAUGACAUGGAAACACCUGGUGGAUUCGAUACCAGCAUGCCGUCAUAACGAGUCAGAUUCAAUCGAGCAUCUGAUUAUUGAUGAUGAUAUAUCGUGUAGCCAACUGGAUAAUCUUCUUUCAUAUGUUCCUCGACUACGCCAUCUAUCCAUAAAAUUAUUCGACAAUCACGAUCCAUUGCCAAACAGUGGAUCUUGUCAUCUGUUGGCUAAUUUGACAGUUCUUUCUCUUGAAUUUUAUUUGAAUGUGGCAUUCGAAACGUUAGAAUAUAUCUUUAUCAAUAAUUUUCCUUCUGUCGAAGUUUUACACAUAUCAGGAGACGAUGAAUCUGUCGAUGCAAACAGAUGGCAGCAAAUCAUAUCGACUCAUUUGCUCAAAUUGCGCAUUUUUGACGCGAGAUUUGAUUCUCAUUUAGAUUUUCCUGCUGAAAGAGUCGCCUACGAUGAGAAAAUCAAAUUCUUUCAAUCACCGUUUUGGAUUGAACAUCAAUGGUUUUUUCGCAUUCAGUUCCAUAAAAAAUCCUAUAUAUAUGGAAGGAUUCUCUUUUCAACAGAUCCAUAUCGGUAA